AUUCUCUUGGCCCCAGCAGGCAUCAUCAUGGGGCUCAUCUUCUAUUUCCCAUACAGCCACUUUUACUUUAUUCAGCAAGGAGCCAGAACAGACCAGGCGAGUGAUACAUUGAAUGUUGGCAAUGCCAUCAACGUGUGGACUGCCGUGCGGAUGGUGCCUUCAAUCCUGGCCUGCUGUCUACUCAUCAUGGGUGCAAUCAAGGAAGAGAAAAAACUACUCAGGCCCUGGCUGGCCUGGGUCGCUCUCAACUGCGUGUUCGGCCUCGGGUGUCUUGUGGCACUGAUUGCCUGCGCCCGUCGCGCCCUCAUCGCCAACAACGACGUCGGCCUCAUGUGGACGCAGAUCUUCUUGGUGCUGAUCGAGGGCCUCAUGUUCCCGGUAGUCUAUGCCUACCACAAGAGACUCUGCAGAGAUCCGGUACGUUACGGCCAGGAAUAACUUUGCUGGACCUCAUUGGCGAUGACGAAGAUUAGCCCACUCGCAUUAUUUUGUUUUUUUUUAAUAAUUUCAAUUUUCACAACGGGAAAAAAACAGCAGGAAAAAAACAGCCAUUUCCAAAGAAGAAGGAGCGAGUGAUGGAACGAGAAAGUUUAUGAUGCUUCCGUCCAGCAGCAAACAGUCUUCGGGCAGAGAUUUAUUUUUUAAAAUAUGAAUAAAUUAUCUUGUCAUGAUCGCGAUGCGGGAAAUGAAACAAAUGAAAUCUAGUCUAUUGUCAUGUUUAACGAAAAAAAAUUUAAUUUCUCGCACUCAGUUAUUUUUUCUUGUGUGUGUUCAUGUGAAUAGGUAGCACUACUUAUUUUAAAAGAAAAAUUCUGCGGACUGUUUUCUUUGUCAUUUUCUGUUUAUAACCGCUCAUCAUCAACGCAAGAUUCUCCGGUUUUUGUUACGGUGAGAAAUGGGAAAAGAGAGUUUGAAUCUGUUAUAUUUCAAGCUUUAUUUCUAAGGGAAUAAACGAUGUACAUUUCGGUAUCUCCUUGUUA